AUGCCGAGAUUUCGACCAGCUACCACGGGUUAUGCCCAAAUUGCCCAAGCAGAGGAGUUCAGCGACGAUGAAGAUGAGGACCCCCUCGCUGCCAGCCAUGCCUCCUUACAACCAACAUCCGCACCACGAUAUGCAUCUAUUUCACAACCUCGGCCCCAUGGUGGAAUGUAUACAGAUGGAUACAGUUCACCGACGAAUAAUCGAAAGUCUGGGCAUAAGAGGAGAAGGAGUCGAAUGGGAAGCAAUGCCUCCGGCGUGGAUAUCAAAGCUAUAAAUGCUAGACUAGAACGAUGGGCCGACGAGAUAGCGUCCAAAUUCAAAAUUAAUAAAGUAAAGGGAAAACCAUGUCAAGAAGAAAAAUUGGAAAUCCUGCAUUCAGUAUUCCAAGCACCGGAUGGCAUACGGCCGGUCACCGCUGAUACGUUGGCAUCGGAGCCCGACCAUGGACGAAUGACGAAACAUGAAUUCGAUGACAUCGUAGAAAGUGUUCGAGUUGCGAUUGAGCAGGGGAUGCAUCCAAAAAUGAUAUCACAGGGGAGCUCUGGAAGUUAUUUUGCUCGAAAUAGCGAUGGCAAAGUAGUCGGUGUGUUCAAACCGAAGGAUGAGGAACCAUACGCCGCAGGAAACCCAAAAUGGAACAAAUGGAUACAUCGCAAUUUAUUUCCAUGUUUCUUUGGCAGAGCAUGUCUAAUUCCCAACUUGAGUUACGUCUCCGAAGCUGCGGCUUACACGCUCGACUGUAGAUUACGAACCCACCUUGUACCCUACACCGACAUAGUCCACUUGUCUUCGAAAUCUUUCCAUUAUGACUUUUGGGAUCGCAGGAAGUUUUAUAGAAGUAAGAAGCCUCUACCUCCAAAGGUCGGCAGUUUCCAAGUCUUUCUCAAGGGUUUUAAGGAUGCGAAUAUCUUCCUUCGUGAACAUCCUUGGCCCGACCAUGCAAAUGGAACAUUCAAAUUCAAUGAUCCUCACAGGAACAAACGAGGGUGGAAAGAGACUUGCCGCCCAGGUUCGUCGAAGUCGGAUGAGGGUAAUGAAGGGGCGGGGGCUAGCAGUCCUAUAGGAUCUGGAGAUGAUAGCCAAAAUCGACAGUUUGUUUGGACAGAUGCAUUACAACAGUCAUUUCGGGAGGAGUUAGAGAAAUUGGUUAUACUAGAUUACAUAAUGCGAAAUACGGACAGAGGUCUUGACAAUUGGAUGAUCAAAAUUGAUUGGGAGAAUCAGGGCGUUUCCAUAGUUUCGGACCCUCCACAGAUGAGGAACAAUCCAGACUCCGAACAGUCACCACGCGUGGUCUCUACCUCUGAUAACAUCAGUAUGUCACAUCUUCCGGCAUACCCUUACCGUAGCCAAGAGCCUAUGGAAGCUACAAGUAGAUCGGCAACACCAUCUAGAAUGACAGCACCAACCAUAUCCAUUGGUGCGAUUGAUAACAGUUUAUCAUGGCCUUGGAAGCAUCCUGACGCUUGGCGAAGUUUUCCUUUCGGAUGGCUAUUCUUACCUGUAUCCCUGAUCGGGCAACCAUUCUCUCAAAAGACCCGGGAGCAUUUCCUUCCCCUGCUGACUUCAAAACAAUGGUGGAGUGAGACUCAGCUAGAGCUAAGGAAGGUCUUUAGUCAAGAUGCAGAUUUUCAGGAGCGCAUGUUCGCUAGGCAAAUCGCUGUAAUGAAAGGGCAAGCUUGGAAUGUUGUCGAAACUCUUAAGACGGUAGAUCAUGGUCCUUUGGAGUUGACUCGAAGGGCAAGAGUUUGUGUUUGGGAUGAUCUUGUUGAUGUACCUGUUGCAGUUCCUAUGAGAGUGCCUUCCGCUGAGAUGCGCAGGCGUAACGAUAUCCGCAACAGCCUUGAUGAAGAGGAGAUGGAUAUUAGUGCCGCCAAUGCAGCAGCACCACAAACAGAUCUUCUUGGACUUGCAAGCCCAUCAGUGGAAUUACCAAAUCCGAAUAGAUUCGAACUAGCCAGUCCGCGAUAUAGUGAAGAUGCUCCCCCAGAACUUGAGUCUUCACAACCAGCAACGACAUUUGCAAAUUCGGGAUUCCCUAGAGAGAACACUUCUAAGGACGGGGUCAGGUUCUCGGAUCGACCACAUCUUCAACACUCUAGGAAUCGUAUGAGUUAUGACGGGCCUGCAAGGUCUCCAAACCGCAAUCGUCAUGAAGCGAGAAGGUUCUCAUUCGGAUCGAGGAGUCGUGGAGCAGUUCAGACAUUGUACGAUGGUGAUGAUCAUGAAGGCGAUUUGGGAUAUGCAGCAGCGGAAGGAAUGGAAGGGCAUCAAAGAAAGGUCAUAGUAGAAAGACUUGAAACAGUCAAAAGCAAAAACCCGGUCUUUACCUGGUGUUAA